AUGUAUUUCUUCCUCUGCAACCUGUCCCUCAUUGAAAUCCUCAUGACUAUGUCCGUGGUCCCAAAAAUGCUGGAGAACUUCCUCUCAGAGAGGAAGACCAUCUCCUUUUAUGGGUGCCUGGCUCAAUCCUACUUCUAUUUCUUGCUGGGAAUCUCGGAGUAUGUCCUGUUGGCCAUGAUGUCCUAUGAUCGUUACGUGGCCAUAUGUUACCCACUGAGCUACACCACCAUCAUGAAUGGAAAGGUCUGCGUCUGGCUGGUGGUGGGAUCAUGGAUGGGGGGAUUCUUCUCUAUCUUGGUUCCUACCAUGAUCAAACUUGGACUGCCCUACUGUGGCCCCAAUAUCAUCAACCAUUUCUUCUGUGACAGUGCCCCCUUGUUGCACCUUGCCUGUGCUGACAUCCAGCUGCUGGAAUUCAUUGAUUUCAUCAUCUCGCUGCCUGUGUUGCUAGGGUCCUUGCUGCUGACUGUCAUCUCCUAUAUGUAUAUUAUCUGCACCAUCAUCCGGAUCCCAUCUGCCAAGGGCAGGCAGAAAGCUUUCUCCACCUGUACCUCUCAUUUCACCAUGGUCACCAUCGGCUACGGCACCUCCAUCUUCAUCUAUGUCAGGCCCUCGUAA